AUUUGAGUACGAUUAAUGCACGACCAAAAAAAACCUGUGAAAAGUUACAUGGCACUCCGUUGUACGCCCGAACAUCGCUCGGGAACACCCUGUAGAACCAAGAUCUGGGUAAAUGCCAGACGUUAAUGCGUUUAAACCUCACAACCUCGUAUUCCUUCAUCGCAAAUGCCGCAUAUGUCAAAAACAUGUUUUUCGCGCGUUCGGCAACAAAUGUCCGUUUUCGUUUUCGCCGGUUUCGCCAUUUUCGGUAGGACAAAAGGCGGCGUUUGCUUGCAUUGAAAACUUCCGACAUCAUAAUUCUGUGUAGUCGAUAAAUACGGGAAAAUGUAACAGUUUUUAUUUAGUCAGGAAGCUAAACUAUAGUAUCAUUUACUAAAUGAACAACAGCUCCAUUAAAAAUCAACCCGUGUCGGGUUUUCGCAGCGCGUUCAGAGCAGCCAAUCAGCGCUUGAGCCACACGUUUUGAAAUGUUUUGAAACUGUUGUGACGCGUGCCGUGCCUUCGUCGUUCGUCACCCUCGGAGUGGGUGGACAAGCCUGGACGAGCACUGACCGACACUACCAAAGCGACCAAAGCAAAGCCGCAAAGCGCCGAAGCGUCGUACCGCCGUCGCCAUCGUCUUUUCAGGUCUACUCCGGCGAGACUUGUCUCGCAUGCAACCGGCCCACGGCUUCGAUGGACAAGCCAGACGAACUCCACGAGCCCGUUGCUUCGAUUGAGCCCGACGAACUGAACGAACUGGAAUCCCGCAAGUACGCCUACCUUCUAGACUUGGCAAGGGAGCUCGGCUUUACCUGCAAAGGAAACCCGAAAAAGGCCCGCGUCAUCAAGUUCAUCAGGCAGUCAGUGCUACCCGCGCUGCACGAGAAAGAAAAUGGAGAGACCGAGCGGGCAGUCCUCGAAGUUGCAAACUUGUCGAAAGCCAAACCGAAGCCGGCUCCACCGAAAGCUGGCGGAGUUGCGGUCUCGUCGACGCCGUCUUCCUCGCGACCGCGACGUCCCGGCCAGACGCCGAACUUUGCACGGAUCCACCAAGCCGCGUUCAACAAGAUGAAGUCGAUUGAUGAGUAUGCGUCGCAGAGGACCAAAACACCGUCUGCCAAGUCCCGGAUUCCGACGGCCCACCUUCCGCGGGGUGUCCAGGCUUCGUCUCGGAUCCCAAAGCCAAAGUCAAAACUCGCACCGAAAGAACCCAGACGCCUGGCCGCAAAGGAAAGGACGACCCUCAAGAGCAACUCGGCCACAGCUUGGCCAGCGGGUUCGGCCGUCAAGGCGGCGGCAGCGACUGAAUUGAGGCGCCAGAAAAACCGCUUCAUCCUGGGCCAGGUGCGGUCGAACCGCCACUUUGACUUAAUGCUCGCAAACAGGGGCAUCACCAUGUAAACAUUAGCUGCUUAAGAUGACAUCUUUAUCUGUCUUUUUUAUCAGUCUAAAUUGCAUAUCACAUUUCUUGACCCCUAUACUGUGGUUCGCCUUACGUUGAACCAGAGAGGAUGCUACAAGCAAUUGAAGCCAAUCCAAUCCAAUGCCAUGCAAGCACUCGCUGUGCUGGGUUAGCUUGUAGCAUUCUCUGUGGUUCAUCGUGAUGCGAGAUGGUGUAUAAGCUUUCUGUUUCAUCUUGUAACCAUUUCUGACAUGUGCUCUUCCUUGUACAGAUAGUUCACCAUCAAUUUGCACAGUUGAAACUUGUAUUAUUCGUACAUGUGAUUGAGGUCGGGAGCGCAUCACCAAAACAAAGUUCCGAAAUAGUUUCGGCAACAUUGUUCCGGAAAUGUGCUCCCCACCUUCAAAAAUUGAGUGUUUUGUUUUUAGCACUAUUGUAAACUAUGCAUUGGCAAAAAUUCACAGCGUUCGGAUUUUAUUUUUAACCUCUUUUUUAAAAGAAUUUUAUAAGCUACAAAUUUGAAAUUUCCCUCUUGUCAGCACUUUCUUUUUUUUUUUGCUUAAAGGUUUGCUUGCGUUUUGCAAUCUUGUAACAAUCGUAGCUUACAGCAUUUUCUUGAGAUGUUGUAAAUGUAUCAAUGGACGAGCACGACCAUCGCGAAUGCCCCUCGCUGCUCGCAUUUGUUUUUGCGUCCUGUAAAUACCAUCAUUUUCGAUAUGACUCGUCGCAAAAGUGGAUAUCGUUAGUUUCUAUGUUUUUUCCUGCCCCGGAAAUAAAACUGUUCCGGACUUGGCCUGUGGCA